AUGUUAAAAGCAGUUGCAAUCGGAAGGGCUACAGAGAAUAGAUGCAGUUCUGGCAAAUUCGGAAACAAUUGCGCCGCAAAUUGCAGUUGCAACGUGCUUGGUUCGACCGGAAAUUGUUCUUUCUAUGGGCGAUGUAGCUGUUAUGAUGGUUACUGGGGCAAUAAAUGUGAAAGAAGAUGCAAUAGGUAUUGUCGUUCAAAUAAGUGCGAUCCUGAGUGGGGUAUCUGUAAAUGUAACGAUUUUAAGUAUGGAACAAAUUGUGAUAAAGUUUGCGAUUGCGAUCAAACACUUUCAUCUGGCUGUGAUAUUAUUGGUAGAUGUUUGUGCAUCCCUACACACAACAACGAAGUCUUACCUAUAAACGGUUCCUUAUGUUCUGAGGAUCAAUUUUGCGAUUCGGCCAGACGCUGCAAAUGCAAAGAUUGGAAACACGGAACUAAUUGUGAACACGAGGCCACUUGUAAUAGACGAAAUUCGGAGUCGUGGGGUUACAACGGUGAAUGUACAUGUAAAGUGGGCUAUUAUGGUGUGAAUUGCGAAUCUGAAUGUCCCACCGAUUGUCAAAAUUCUUUUUCCAGUAAUAGCUGCAAAUUUAACGGAACUUGCGAUUGUAUACAUAACUAUUAUGGGAAUAAGUGCCAGCACAGAUGUUAUUGUGACCAAAAUCACGACUGUAAUUGGUUAGGGUUGUGUCAAAUUUCUGCGACGUAUCACGCAUGAUUUUGGAGGGAAGAAAACGAGCGAUGAAAUCAUACUGGAACAAAAUGUUUUGGGGAAUUUAAUUUUUUAAAAAUAAACAUUUUUAACGAUAAAUAUAUUUUUCAUAAAUUUAAUUUUAU